GCGUAGACUGUUGUUGGGAGCUGAUGUUGGGUGCAGUGAUUCUUGCAUAAGGAAUAUACAGGACCAGAAUCCAUUAUGAGAUGAUCUCAAGAUGAUCUUGGAGCUUGUUUUAAUCAGUUUGUGGAUCCACUGUCCUUCAGCUCAAAACGACCUGAGUGACAAUGACUCUCUCUACCCGCUCUGGGACGACGAGGACCUCAGUCUGGGAGAGGAUCCUCCGACCAAGGACUCCGCCCCAUUCUUGAACCUGACGGUCCAGGCGGGAGCGACCGCCAUCCUCCAGUGCGCCUUCGACGAUCUUACUGAGAGGAACACGGUUUCCUGGCUGAGACGUCAUGACGGUCAGCUGCGGUUGUUGUCUGUCGGGCUGGAGAUAUACUCAAGAGAUCCCAGAUAUACGUUUCAGAGAUCAGAAAACAACGAGUGGCAGUUGACCAUCGCUGGAGUGGUGGAAGACGACCGAGGUCUUUACGAGUGUCAAGUCACUUCACAUCCUCCGGUGACGUACUACAGAUAUCUACAGGUCACAGUACCGAACCUCGAGAUUCUGGAUGAGCGAGGCUUGCGUAUCCUCAGCAAGUUCUACGACGCCGGUAGCACUUUGGAACUUAAGUGCCGUAUCACUAGGGUACCUCGGCCUCAGCACUUUGUGUCCUGGGUGCACGGAGACCACGUGCUCAACUUUGACAUCGUCCGAGGCGGCAUCAGUGUCAAGUCGGAAGUGUUAGCUGAUGGAGUGAAAAGCAGUUUGUUCGUAGCGAACGCCAAAGUUGAGGACUCAGGGAACUAUACUUGUGCUUUGGCGGGAGUCGGUGCUACCACGGUAUUUGUACACGUCAUCAAAGGGGAGACACCGGCCGCCAUGCAGCAUGGCGCUGCUAGCAGCGUAAGUGACGUUACAGCUCAGCUGAUAUCAGCAAUGCUGCUGCUGACUUACACGAGAUGACGAUGAAACAGCUACAAUCCUGAAUGUUGUAUAUUUGACGAUACUCAGCAAUUUGUUAGAUAAAACUGUCAUG